AUGAAUGGCUGCGCGGAGUCAGUCUCAAACGUGUGCCUCUGGGGAUACCUGGCGACCUCCCCAGAGUAUUUUAGCCUUAGCGGGGUAAGGGCGCACUGCCCCGCCGGACACUCUUUCGACCCAACUCGUGGGAAUCAUAUGGAAUCACAAAAACAAAAACAAAAACUAGGAUAUAAGGUAGAGGAGAGGAGAACAGUAGAAGAAGAGGUAAGAAGGAAGGAGGAGGAGGAAGAGGAAAGGCGGAAAUUCGAAGAAGAGUUGAUACUUAGGCAAAAGAAGAAUAAAAAAGUGAACAAGAGUAGGGACCUGAUAACACAAUCAACCAUAAUUGAAGAAGGAAAAAAAGAAGAAGAAGAAGAAGAAGAAGAAAAAGAGGACACGUCCACCACAGAUACCAGCGAAGGGGACAUACUGAGAAAAAUUAUGUUUGAGGAGGUGAAAGGGAAAAAAAGCAAAAAAAAAAGGGUAAGGGAAGAAAGUAAGAUUGAAGAAAGCGAAACAAAGAAAGAAAAAAAAAGAAGAAAAAGAGAAGAAGGAAGAGGAAAAGGAAAGGGAGGGGGACAGGGAGAUAUGGGAGGAAAGGUUAAUAGAAAAAUUGAUUGA